CAACCACAUCGCGCCCCCAUCCCCCUCCCCCCGCGCGACACAGCCAUCUCAAUCCCUAUAAAAACCCUAAACUCGCUCGCCCCGACCGUUCCCCAGGCGGAUAUCAGACAGCCACCCCACAGCGCUCCUCCGAUCUCGCCGCCCUCCUCGCCCCCGUCGCUGCGGUGGCCCUUGCGGAGAUCCCGAGCCCCUACUCGCCGAUCGCUCUAGCGUUUUCUUGAUGGAACCCGUUGUGGAUCGGGACCAGAAAUGGCUUCUGGAUUGCCUCUCCGCGACGCUCGACACCAGCCGCGACAUCCGGUCCUUCGCCGAGGCAUCGCUACAGCAGGCCUCUUCACAACCGGGUUUUGGGGCUGCUCUGUCCAAGAUCAUGGUGAACAAGGAGAUCUCAUUUGGAUUACGUCAACUGGCAGCAGUCUUGCUCAAGCAAUUCAUAAAGCAGCAUUGGCAGGAAGAUGAAGAGAAUUUUGUACAUCCUGUUGUUUCACCUGAAGAGAAGGCAGCUAUACGCCAACUUCUGCCUCCUUGUUUGGAUGACUCUCAUGGGAAAAUCCGUACAGCUGUAAGCAUGGCAGUAGCAUCAAUUGCUCAGUAUGACUGGCCAGAGGAUUGGCCUGAAUUAUUGCCUUUCCUCUUGAAAUUGAUAAGUGGAGAGAACAAUAUCAAUGGAGUGCAUGGAUCUUUAAGAUGUUUAGCUCUUCUAUCUGAUGAUUUGGAUGAUACAUUGGUUCCAAAAUUAGUUCCCUCUCUGUUUCCGUACUUGCACACUAUUAUAUCUUCCUCCCAUUUGUAUGAAAAAUCUCUGCGUGCAAAAGCUCUUUCAGUGGUUCACUCUUGUGUCUCAGUCUUGGGAACUAUGAGUGGGGUAUAUAAGACGGAAACUAUAACAAUGAUGAUGCCAAUGCUUAGCUCUUUGAUGGAACAGUUCUCCAUCAUCUUACAAGAUCCAAUGCAGUCCGAAGAUCCUGAUGACUGGAGCCUCAGGAUGGAGGUGCUGAAAUGUCUGCUCCAGUUUGUUCAGAGCAUUUCCAACCUUAGCGAAACACAAUUUUCUGUCAUUCUUGCACCUUUGUGGCAGACAUUUAUUUCUUCUCUGAAAGUAUAUCAACUAUCAGCAAUAGAAGGUAAGCAGGAUUCACAUUCAGGAAGGUAUGAUUCAGAUGGUGGUGAAAAAAGUCUUGAUUCCUUUGUCAUUCAGUUAUUUGAGUUCUUGUUAACUAUCGUGGGAAAAUCUAGAUUGGUGAAGGUCAUUGGCAGGGAUGUGAAGGAGCUGAUUUAUUACACUAUUGCUUUUCUUCAGAUAACUGAAGAACAGGAACACAGUUGGUCACUAGAUGCUAACCAGUAUGUUGCGGAUGAGGAUGAUGUAACUUAUAGUUGUCGUGUAUCAGGGUCUCUCCUGCUGGAAGAGUUAACUAAUGCUUAUGGUGGAGAAGCAAUCAAAUCUAUAAUGGAGGCAUGUCAAAGCCAUUUUUCUGAAUCAUGCCAAGCAAAAGUUGCAGGUUCUGCAGAUUGGUGGAGAUUACAAGAAGCAUCUCUAUUUGCACUGGUUUCUUUAUCCGAACAAUUGAUCGAAGCAGAGGCUUCAAAGCUAACAAAAGAUAACUUAAGGAAUCUUCUUGAGCAGAUGAUCACUGAAGAUUCAGGGGCAGGAAUACAUGAAUGUCCUUUUCUUCAUGCACGCAUUUUUUCAACUAUAUCCAAGUUCUCUUCUCUGAUAAAUAGAAGGAUAUGUGAACAAUCAUUAUAUGCUGCUAUUCAAGCGAUAGCUUCAGAUGUUCCAGCACCUGUAAAAGUUGGUGCUUGCAGGGCAUUAUCCCAGCUUCUGCCAGUAUAUAGUGAAAAUGUUCAACCAUAUAUAAUGGGCUUGUUGUCGUCUCUAACAAAUCUUCUGAGACAGGCAUCAGAUGAAACCCUACAUCUUGUACUUGAAACACUCCAAGCAGCUAUUAAGGCAGGUCAAGAACAAUCAAUGACAAUUGAACCUGUUAUCUCCCCCAUCAUCUUGGAUGUGUGGUCACAACAUGUUUCAGAUCCAUUUAUCAGUAUCGAUGCAGUUGAAGUCUUGGAGGUAAUCAAGAAUGCUCCAGGAUGUUUACAGCCUCUGGUCUCACGAAUUUUGCCGCCCAUUAGAUCUGUUUUGGAAAAACCACAGUCACAGCCUGUUGGUUUAGUUGCUGGCUCAUUGGACCUUUUGAUUAUGCUACUGAAAAGUGCUCCUCUGGAUGUGGUAAAGGCAAUCUUUGAUGCUUGCUUCAAUCUUGUAAUUCAAAUUGUCCUCCAAAGUGAUGAUCAUGCAGAAAUGCAGAAUGCAACAGAAUGUUUGGCUUCCUUCCUGUCUGGAGGAAGACAAGAGUUGCUAGUGUGGGCUGGUGACCCAGCACUUACAAUGAAAAGAUUACUUGAUGCUGCUUCUAGACUUCUGGACCCAGACCUGGAAAGUUCAGGAUCACUUUUCGUGGGCAGCUACAUUUUGCAGCUUAUCUUACAUUUGCCAUCCCAAAUGUCUCUGCACAUUCAUGAGCUCGUUGCGUCUGUUGUGUGGCGUAUGCAGUCAUGUGAAAUAUCUGGGUUAAAAAGUUCCUUGAUUGUUAUUCUCGCUAGACUGGUACAUCUCAGUACCCCAGAUGUUGAUCGGUUUAUCAAUUUAUUGCUUACUAUACCUGCUAAAGGCUAUGAAAAUGCACUGGGUUAUGUAAUGCCAGAAUGGACCAAAAUUCAGGGUGAAAUUCAAGGAGCCUAUCAGAUAAAGGUUACGACAACUGCACUGGCUCUAUUACUCUCAACACGUCAUGUGGAGCUGGCAAAGAUCAAUGUCCAAGGGAAUCUAAUCAAGUCUAGUGCAGGUAUAACUACACGAUCAAAAGCAAAAUUAGCUCCUGACAGAUGGACGACGAUACCGCUUCCUGCAAAGAUAUUUGCUCUAUUAUCGGAUGCACUUAUUGAGAUUCAGGAACAAGCCUUGGAUGAUGAUGACGAUGAGGAUAGCGACUGGGAAGAAGCUUCAAACAAUGGAAGUGGUGUUCCACAAGAUAUACUAUAUUCGUCUACCGUGCCAUCAAAUGUUAAUCCUUCAGUCAAACAUCUUGAUGCCAUGGCAAAGGUGUUUGAUGAGGGUGAUGAUGAUGGUGACUAUGAUGAUGAUCUUACAAAAGUUGAUCCACUAAACGAGAUCAAACUGCCAGAGUUUUUGACAAGUUUUGUUCUGAACUUGUAUGAAACCGAUCAGGCACUCUUCAAUUAUCUUUCCCAGAACCUGACAGAUGUACAAAAAUCUGUUGUGAGAAAGGUUAUAAGAAGGUAACUUUAACCAUUGGUAAUGUUUGUGAUAAAUGAAGAAAGGGCUUGUCAAGAAGAAAGAGAGGAAGAAAGCAGACUUUUAAGGUUUGAUAUGCUUGUAAGUUGUUGAAUGUAUGUACAAACAAAUUUUGCCCAAAUUACAUAUUUGAUUGAAGUCGAUGUUGAGCUUAUCCAUUGAGAGUUAUUUAUUGCUUCCUUUGCCAGUGAGAGCAAAACGUCAAGUUGUAAAUUUUUCAGGAGGAUUCAGUGGCUGGUUUUACCACCACCAGGCUAAUUGUAUUCUUUGGAUAGAAACAUCGUUACAGAGAUCCA